AUGACCAAAGAAGACCUGGAAGGUUCCAACAGGAAUGAAAUUGAGGUUUUCUGUGAAACGUGUAAAGACGAGGUUAGUGCCUCCUCUUCUUAUUCGAAAAGUGAGAGCAGCGACCACAGUGAUGACGAACACUAUGUAUCUAUCGUAUCAACAGAACCUAGUCGCGAAGACAUAAGGUCCGAGUAUAAGAAAAAAAAAAGAAGGAGAAAAUAUCAACACCCCAACCUGAAUACGAAACUAACGAAUCUGACGAUGAUGAUCCAAACCAGGAGAAUCACAAAGAACGAAGAAAAUAAAAUAAAAGUGACUGAGACUCCAACUCUGAAAAUUAUACAGAGUAUUGAAAAAGGUACACAAACUAGAAAUGACAAACUAUACAAAGUAAAAGACAUAAGAUGUAAAAGAAAAAGGAGGAAGAUAAGGCAAUCCAGGAAGAUUAAUUCCUUUGAAGUGGAAAUUUUAAAUGAUGACAAUAUUCAACCCAAUGAAAAAACUCAAUUGCCCACCCUAUCCCAAGAAACGGACAUAUAUUCAGUAGACAUAGUGGACAACGUUUCUCACAAUGAGAAUCAACGUCAACCAUCAGACGAAGAAAGUCACCCAGAUAAUGGACUGAAAACCAACAUAGUUGAAUGUUCGGUUGGGCAACAUGAUGAUCUCAAUAAUCAAGAGGAAAUCACAACAAGGUCAUGUAAUGAAACUUCAAGCAUUGAUGAGGAAACCCAUAUGCACAGAGACAAAAUACUUAUAAUCGGAGAUCACUGGGACGCCCCUUCGUCUUCUGCGACAGACCUCCCAGCUGAGGGUCCCAAAGACCAGCCGAUGGAGACAGUCUCCGUCGACGAAGAGACACCCGCAGACGUCGACAGACAACCCCCUGCGGAGCCGUCUCAUGCAGAUGAGGAAACCCUCACCGAACUCGACGACGAGACUUUGACAGAGGACAACGUCAACAGUCCUCUGGCAGAGUCCGCGGAAAUGCCUCUUACACGUGAUCAAUUGAACGAAGUGAGAAAUGCUGCUGACGUGUCGAUAAAGCAACUGUGUCAAGAUCAAGCGUUCAUAAAAACUCUGGUAGAUAGCGUCUCAACUGGCGUGGCAAAUCUCUUGAGUGAAAAACUUGAUCUAUUCAAAAAAGAGGUAGACGAUCUGAAAGCCGAUAUGGUGAACAUGGAACGAAAACACAAAGAAGAAAUACAAAAACUCAACAACAAACUUCUCAAUGUCAGCUCACCAUCUGACGGGGAUUCCAGAGAUCAUGAAUCAUCGCAUGCCUUAGAAAUCAUUUCGGAAAUUCAUGAAAUCAAGAAACGCGAAAGUAACAUUUUGAUUUUCGGAAUACCAGAAAAUUGCACAAAUCUUCCAGAGACAGUUAAUGGAAUCAUUCGAACGAUUGUUCCGGCAUAUAAUGACACUGGUUCAAAAAUUUUGAGACUAGAUCAUUCACUGAUGAGCCUACAUGAGCACACAUACAAACCAUAUGGGUCACCCUCAUUCAAGAAUUCUGAUGAAAUAAGGAUCGCCGUCAGCUUUCAAGAUCUGAUUCUUGAUAUUUCUGAAAGUUACAUCUAUAUUGAGGGAAAAUUCACACCAAACGAUGCCACUAAAACCUGCUAUCUAUCUAAUAAUGCUCUAGCAUUCUUAUUCGAUGAAAUACGCUAUGAAAUGGGUGGCGAACAAGUAUGCAUGGUACGAAAACCAGGCAUCACUACUACCAUGAAGAGUAUGAUUUCUUAUGGAGAGAGUAAUAUGAAAUUCCUAGAGACAAUUGGAUGGGGCCUUGAUGGUGGCAAGCAGGUGCUUCUAGAUGAAGCUAGCAACGUUUUUAGCGGCAAACUACCCCUUACAUAUCUGAUGGGGUUUGCCGAAGAUUAUUGUAGAGGUAUUUUGAAUAUCAAACAGGAGCUAAUACUCAUCAUAGCUCGCUCAUUCAAGAACUCAUAUAUUGGGGAAGUGGACGCCGAUGUGGAGAUUAACAAAAUUGAGUGGAAGAUAAGACAUGUGAUGCCGUCAGAUAAGCAGAAAUUGAAGCUAUUGACCCGUUUGAAUAGAAGUUCUACGGCAAAAGUGAAAAUUGCAUACAGGAUGUGGGAUCUGUAUGAGUUACCGACUAUUCGUGAAACACCAUCUGACAUUUGUGCCGUUAAAACUACCAAUAGCCUCGAGCGGCCUCGAUAUAUCAUCAUUGGAUUCCAAAACACUGAUAACACUGAUAAUAGAUCUGAGGAUAUCACACAAUUCACCCAUGCAGGAGUGAGCAAUAUUCGCCUGUAUUUGAAUUCCGAAGUUUAUCCAUACGAGCGAUGGAAUUUGGAUUUCGAUAAGAAAUUAGAUGCAGUAGCCUAUUAUGCAUAUGACAACUUCCAACGUAGUUACUACGGCAAAGACAUGAGCGAACCAAUGAUGAGCAUCGAGGAAUUCCGAAAAAACCCACUAUUCAUCAUUGACUGCAACCACCAACCCGAUGCGAUGAAAUCCUCCACUGUCGACAUCAAGAUAACAGGUAAGACAGGAUGGGUUUCAGUAAAGCAGCCGGGAUUUGCGUACUCUACUGUGCUGGUUUGCACGUUGUCUGGCGGAAUCCUUGAAACCGCCAGACUUCGCGCCAACUAG